GCGUCACUCAUGUCCCCAACAACAACUGCUGCCGCUGCGCAGGAGGAGGACGGGACUGCGGUCCAGGUGCACCGCUGUCAUUGAGAGACAGAGAAGUUUUAACGCUACCGAGAAGAAAAGAGAUGAACCCACAGCGGACGGAAGGCGUCCUGAUUUCGACAAGUGUUAAUCUGUUAAACGAAGCUCGCCAUCGUUUUUUAUCGGUGAUGGGAUGCCUUCAGGAGCAACCUGCCGCCAAACGUUAACCCCUCUAAGGUAUUCUUGCCAAAACAGUAUGCAACCUGAAAAAGAACAUCUUUUCAAAAUUCAGGAUGGACACUAAAGCUGUGAAAUGCCUUUUCUGAGAACUCACUAACUUUUGGAAGAUAAACUUAGAGGCAUAGUUAGAGGAUUUUAUAACACAGCUGUGGCUUUUGACGUACCAGUGCUCCAGGAAAAGUAAUGGAGACAGAAGAGAGGGAGGAUGUACCAAAAAAAAACACAGCUAAUAUAAAGGCAGAGACAGAGGAAGAUGUGACCUCUGGCCACACCUGUGGGGUGUGUGGCCGCAGCUUUCCUCUUCUCAGCUCUCUGUCGCAGCACAUGAGAAGACACACACGGGAGAAGCCGUACAAGUGUCCAUACUGUGACCACAGAACGGCUCAGAAGGGCAGUCUGAAGGCCCACAUUCGAAGCCAUAAACUGGGCCUAUUCAGCCAUAACCUCAGUGGCAAGGAGAAGGAAAGAGAUCAAGGGCAGAAAGAUAAUGCUGAGACACCUGACCCUCCUGAAAUUGUCAGCACAUCUGACAAAGCUCAUAAUGUCAACGGGAAAGUGAAGAAGAAAGGAACCAAGAAAAAAGUUAAGAGUAAAGAUGGUGUUGAGGCCGGUGAUGGGGCUGAUGAUGGGUCCUGUACCUGCAGCAUUUGUGGCCAGGUUUUCCCUCAGGUCCUACUCCUUAAAUCUCACAUGAAAAGGCACCGCAGCUCCCAGGAUCACGGUUGCCGGAUUUGCGGACGCCGUUUCCGCCAAGCAUGGUUCCUCCAAAGUCAUAUGCGCAUUCACCGGGUCAAAGCCCAGCUAAGAGGUGGCAAAAGCAAUGAGCUGCCUGCCACCAUCAAUGGAGUUCCUCAGGACCCAGCAUUGCUGACACAUGAAGAGUGCCUCUAUGAGCUCUGUGCUGGCUGUGGUAACUUCUUCUAUGACCGCAAGACCUUACGAAUACAUGAAAAGCUACAUAAACCGAACCACUGCCGCACUCUGACACAAAAACCACCACAGGAAGACAUUAAAGCCCCUGAGCUGCACAUUGCUAAGAGUUAUUUUUUGGAAAGCCUGAACCUCACAUGUGCUGGACCAAGGGAAACUCCUGAGGAAAAGAGUCUGGGCAGGCGUAUUCCAGAGCUGGAUCCACUUUGCAGUUACCAAGCGUGGCAGUUGGCCACAAGAGGACGACUAGUGGAGGCAACAGAGAAAUGUCUGGGAUGGGAGGAGAGGCUAGCAGAUGCCGAGGUGGCAUAUAACACAGAAAAGGGCGAGUAUGUACCCAUGAAGCAGGAGAAGAAGAGGAAGCAAAUCCACACCUCCAGCUCCAACAUUAAGAAGAUGAAGGGUGACACAGGCCUUGAUCACACAUCAAACACCUUGACUCACACUAAAGGUGUUGACAAAAAGAUUUCCCAGAAAGACCGUAUUUUGUUGAACGGACUUGGCCAUGCGUUUUAUGAGGCACUGCAGACUAAGAAAGUCAAAGGUGUUCACCUCACACCUAAACAGACCAACAGCACCAGGAGCCAAGACCAGGAGGAUAAAAAAACAUACUUCUGCGAGCACUGUGAUUUCCACACUGUUGACGCCUCACUACUCAGGUCUCACCUGCACAGGCAGCACCAGGACUUCCUGGGUCCCUACUGCAAACAAAGCACCAUUUUGGACAUUAACCCAAGUGGUUCCAAGGCCUCAAGAUACAUGGACUACCUCAGAAACAGGAGUGAAUUGCUCAGUCAGCCAUUCUGGAAUCCUUACACAUGUCCUUCUGACCAGGGCUCAGCAGAGUCCAACAUUAAAACAGAAAAGUCAAAUGGUACUGAGUUUAAAGGGCAGGGACAUACUACUAAUGAUGCUGAUAGUCUUCUUAAUCUGUCUUCAUUACCCAUAAGUGAAGGAGACGGCACUGUAAAUUAUACAAUAAAGACAGAGGGCCUGGUGAGACAUCAGUGCCCAUACUGCUCCCACACUACCAACUACCCAGAAGUACUGUGGAUCCACCAGCGGGUUGCACACAGGGUGGAUAACAGCAGCUCCAUGGCACCCAAGUGGGCACCCUGCACUAACAGCCCCAAGAUUUUAAAGGCAGGUGCUACCCAGUGGAGACGCACAGGGCCGCCACCAUUUCUCGAAGGCAAGGACUGCCCUGCUUUACCCGCUCCAAGAACUCAGCGCACACAGCCUCCAGCUUUGACGACCGGCAACAGCGGCAAGCACUCAGCCCCCAAGACCAAAUCAGGCGUGCCUAAGUCUAAGCAUCAGUCUAAGGACUCACGUUCUUCAGAUGGGACACAGUCUAGUGGGAGGAUGGGACUCCUACCUCAGAAGAAGUCUGUUGAACAUAACCGGGCGGAAAAGGGGGGAAGUAAAAGCUCCAGCACUCGAGCUACUUCAUCAAGCAGUACUGUGCACAGCAAGAGUGCCCCUAGUUUCCAGCCUAAAAGCAGCCCUAAACACAAAAGCCACAGAGCUGCAGUGGAAGGAAACUUCCCUCAGGAGGGUUUAGGUUUCAUGUUGGCCAGAAAUCAUGGCGGGACUUCAUCUAACGCUUCUGCAGAUAGACCCCAUCCCCGCAGGCUGUCAUGCGACUCCUCUUCAGUUCCUAAGGAUCCUGAUCUGUGGGCUGCCAUGAACAUGUGGGGCCACAAAGCAUAUUUAGAACCACUCCGUUUUGCUCAGGUAAAAAAUCAAUCAACAGGAGAAAUGCCAAUGGACAUUGAUAUUUUGAGUCUCCUGAAAAACUACAGUCCCCACGAUCUGGCUGCUCUUUACCAGCACUGGGGGUUUGUUGAUCCCAGGAUUGAUCCACAAGCAAUGUUGCAGUUAAAUGGAAAUUUUGGAAAAGAAGUCCACCCCACCUCUGAAGCUUCCAAACAAGUGAAUAGCCGCUCCACUUCCUCCUCAGGGUCUCUUCACAAAGGAACGUGAAGUGACAUUGUAUUCCUGUUGGCUUCCAGCCUGCAUGAUACUACUGAUCAAAGAGGCCUGCUGUUCUUAAAAAGGAACCAGCCAUAACUCCUAAAGGACAGAGGCACUGGAUAAUGCACAUUAUAUGCAAAGCAAUGAGGUGGACUGUUAUUUUGUAAUAUGAUUUAAUUUGAAGUGUUACGCAUGGUUUUUGUUUGUUAAGAGUGUAGAUACGUUAGUUAUCAAAACACACGUGAAGAUAUGUUCAAUAGAAAUGAGGUAAACCUGUUUGAGCUUUUUGUAAACAUAAACAAUUAGGGGGGAUGUCGGUGGAAAUGAAAUGAGAAGCUACAUUUUCUAAUUUAGGUUUCAGUUUGUUGUUUUUAUGUAAUCUACAAGCUUGUUAAAUGUCUGCUUUGGGUUUUAGGUUAGUACUGUAUUUGAUUGUCUCAACAUAGAUAUAGACAGAAUAUGCAGUGGAGCAAUUAAAUAUAAAUUGCAGCUUCUUGUCACUUUUCAGUUUUAAGCCCAUAUUCACAUAAUAAUUAAAAUCCUGAUCUUACAGUAGACAGUUGUCAUCCAUCACUAUGCUAUGACAAGUAUAGUGCCGGUAAUAUCAAAAGAGGCAAGGUCUAGCAAAAGUUAGCUUCCACCGUUUUCAAAUAAAAAUGAACAAUGAUCCCUCUGUAAGUCACUAUGGGGUGGCUUAAUUAGAGCUAAAUCAGGCUUUAGCACUAUUAGCUCAUCACCCCACACACAUUAAGAAAACAGUUGUGAGAAAAUAUUGUGAUCUAAAAGCUCUUCAGCCCACAAUCACAAGUUGUGGAUUGACUUCAACUCAAAUAACUGGCAGAAAUAUUUAAAUUACAUUUGCUACACAGAGACUUGGUAUGCUACAAAACAUAGUCAUACUUUUGACAGAAGAUGAGCAUCUCAAGGAAAUUGGAUUUUCUUCAUGUAAAUUCACUCUUGAUUAGUAUAUACUCAAAUAUACCCACAUACAUGCUGAAGGGCAUCAUCAGUUGUCUUCUGCUACAAUCUGCAGUUCUAGUGACCAAGUUAACUAACUGCUCACUUCCAGUUUACAACUUCUAUAGAUUAUACCACUACACCACUCCUUGUGUUUUUGACCAGUUUUAUAUCCAUGUCAAACAGCGGGAGCAGCACCAUGGUCUUUAUCACUCAACAUAUAUCUAUGGCAAAUCCAUAGCUACUGCCAAACCUAAGAUCCAGACUGGAUAAUCAAUUAAUGUGAGAAAACCACAGAAAUAUACCUAAACUGGUGGCCAUAGUUGUAGCCAGUCUGUCAAACGUGUGUGUACAAAUGUGCCGAUUUACAAGGAAAUGUGGUGUCCUGUUUUAUGAUUCCAAUUUUGAAAUUUAAAUGCUAUAAUUUGUCCUUUUUUCUCACAUCAGAAAUAUAAAGUAAACAUCUGCACUCAUUUCACAUUGUGCUAGUGAUGUAGCAAUUUAAUGCUGUGAUUUUUAGAUGUAGAAACUGUAGUGAUAACAAUUUCUAGUGACGUAGCCCUGACUUACAUCUGCCAGUCAAGCUACUAAAGAGAUUGCCGAAUAUUCUGUUUUUGAAAUUCACCUCGUUCUCAAAUUUGUUAUUGUGUGUUUUCUGUUUGCAGAUUUGUUUAGCAUGUCUAUAUUUUAGUUUCGAUUCAGUGUAUUCAUCUCCCAUAGAGAAGUAGUCUAUGCAUUUGAUAAAAAGCCAUCAACUUAUGGAUUCUUGGGAGAUCUUGAGAAUACAUAAUUUAUUAUUUGAGUAUUGACUUUGAUCGGUGCGGAAAACCUGUUUUUUGAUAAAUAUUGUAAAUGAUUGUUUUAUUUAAUGGUAUUUUUGUUUGAUAAGAAUUGAAUUGUAACACUCCUAAGUACUUGAUAUUUGUAGUAACAAUAGAAAAUGUAAAAAAAGAAAAAAAAGAAAAGAAAUCAGUGACACACUUGAGGUCAGCGUGCAGGGUCAGUAAGGAGUGAUGCUCCUGCAUUGAGCCUGUGAUCUAACAGCUGUCUGUAAAGAGACAGCUUAGCAGAGGAGGAGUGACAGGAAACAGUGAGACAGCGAUGUUUAUGCAAGCCUGAACUUUUAUGCAAACCUAAAGCUUACAUUUGAGCUCUCACUGGGUUCAUUUUUGUGACUAUGUAGACAAAACAUGUUUUAACAUUGU